AUGAAAUUCUUCACGAAGACCUUCACGGUCCUCGCCGUGAUCAUGGCAUAUGCGCACAACGUGUUGGUAGCGUCGGACGACGAGAUGGCAACACUCUGUUUUGACCAGUUGACGUGGUUGCCGUACAUCAACGCCUGCUUCUUCAAGCCUGAGAAGAGCGACGCCGGUCAAUGCAAACCCUUGGAUCACCUCUUCGACGGUAUCGACUGCACCGGUCCUCCCGACGUCAAGUUCGAACCGACCAAGAUUCUGGUGGGCGAACCUUACACCUGCUACCUUUUCAAGUAA